AAAAAUUUCAGCGCCUACUAUAAAUACUCUCGCGCUUCCCCAUUUUCAAAACACUCACUCUUUCUUUCUCUCUCUAAUUUAUUUUCGCACUCGCCGCACCACUCUCCUCCUCCGCCUCCGCCAUGCCUAGCAAGCGCAAGACCAGAUCCUCCGCCUCUCCCGCUGCCGCGCCGCCGAGCAAGCGCGCCUCCAGAUCCUCCGCCUCUCGCGUCGCCGAUUCCGCACCGGUCAAAUCUGAAGCCGAGGAAGUUGUGGCAGCUUCCUCUGUCGUCAAAGAAGAGGCGCAAGCAAGCUUCACGGACGUUACUGACGGCAACGUUAGCGAUGGCGAGGGGACUAACGCCAGAUUCGUCGGAGAGCCUGUUCCCGACGAGGAAGCCCGGCGCCGCUGGCCGAAACGGUACCAGGAAAAGGAAAAGAAGCAAUCCGCUGGGCCAAAAUCAAACAGAAACGAUGAAGACGAGGAGAUUCAACAAGCUCGACGUCACUACACUCAGGCAGAAGUAGAUGGGUGCAUGCUUUACAAACUUUACGAUGAUGCCCAUGUUAAAGCAGAAGAAGGAGAAGACAAUUACAUUUGUAAAAUUGUUGAGAUAUUUGAGGCCAUUGAUGGGGCACUGUAUUUUACGGCACAAUGGUAUUAUAGGGCUAAAGACACUGUCAUUAAAAAACUUGCAUAUCUCAUUGAACCAAAGCGAGUUUUCUUUUCUGAAGUCCAGGAUGACAACCCUUUGGAUUGUCUAGUUGAAAAGCUGAACAUCGCCAGAAUAACAUUAAAUGUAGAUUUAGAAGCAAAGAAGGAAACCAUUCCACCUUGUGAUUAUUACUGUGAUACACAAUAUCUUUUGCCAUACUCCACAUUUGUUAACUUACCAUCAGAAAAUGGGGAAUCUGGUAGUGAAACUUCUUCUACAAUAUCUUCUGAAACUAAUGGAAUCGGAAAAUAUGAGGUGAACUCUCAACCUAAGGAAGCUUUUCUUCCCGAAGAAAGUAAAGAUCCGGAGAUGAAGUUACUAGAUUUAUAUUGUGGUUGUGGUGCAAUGUCAACUGGUUUGUGCCUUGGUGGAAAUUUAUCUGGCGUGAACCUUGUUACUAGAUGGGCAGUGGACUUGAAUCAACAUGCUUGUGAAUGUCUUAAAUUAAACCAUCCUGAAACUGAGGUUAGAAAUGAAUCGGCAGAAAAUUUUCUUUCAUUAUUGAAGGAGUGGCAGGAAUUAUGUAGUUACUUCUCUCUAGUUGAAAAAAAGGUGUCACAUGAGAAAUAUGUGAAUCUUUUUAGUGAAGAUGACGAUGACACUAGCAGUAAUGAAGAGGUUAAUAGUGAAGAUGACAAUGAACUGAAUGAAGAUGAUGAAAUAUUUGAAGUUUCUGAAAUCCUUGCUGUCUGCUACGGUGACCCAAAUAAGAAAAAAGAACAAGGGUUAUACUUCAAGGUUCAUUGGAAGGGUUAUGAAUCUGCCCUGGAUUCUUGGGAACCAAUUGAAGGUCUAAGUAAUUGCAAGGAAAAGAUUAAAGAAUUUGUCAGUCGAGGCUUCAAGUCACAGAUAUUGCCUUUGCCUGGAGAUGUUGAUGUAAUUUGUGGUGGACCUCCUUGCCAAGGUAUUAGUGGUUUCAACCGGUUUCGGAACAAAGAGAGUCCUUUGGAUGAUGAGAAGAACAAACAACUAGUUGUUUUUAUGGAUAUUGUUCAAUACCUUAAGCCCAAAUUUACAUUGAUGGAAAAUGUGGUUGAUCUUGUAAAAUUUGCGGAAGGCUUUCUUGGGAGAUAUGCCUUGGGUCGCCUUCUUCAAAUGAAUUAUCAAGCGCGUUUAGGAAUUAUGGCUGCAGGUGCUUAUGGGCUUCCUCAGUUUCGUUUGCGCGUCUUUUUAUGGGGGGCUGCACCUUCUCAGAAGUUGCCACAAUUUCCGCUUCCAACUCAUGAUGUUAUUGUAAGGGGUGUUAUUCCCUUGGAGUUUGAGAUAAACACUGUAGCAUACAAUGAAGGACAAAAGGUUCAACUGCAGAAGAAGCUUUUAUUGGAGGAUGCUAUUUCUGACCUUCCUCGGGUUCAGAACAAUGAGCGUCGUGAUGAGAUAAAAUAUGACAAAGCUGCUCAAACGGAGUUCCAACGAUUCAUUAGAUUAAGCAAACAUGAAAUGUUGGAGCUUCAAUCUAGAACAAAAUCGUCGAAGUCUUUGCUAUAUGAUCAUCGUCCACUAGAAUUGAAUGCGGAUGAUUACCAACGUGUGUGUCGGAUCCCUAAAAAGAAGGGUGGAUGCUUCAGAGAUUUACCAGGUGUUCGUGUGGGAGCUGAUAACAAGGUUGAAUGGGAUCCUGAUGUCGAACGUGUAUAUUUGGAUUCAGGAAAACCAUUGGUUCCAGAUUAUGCCAUGACUUUUGUGAAUGGAACUUCAUCAAAACCUUUUGCUCGGUUAUGGUGGGAUGAAACUGUUCCAACUGUUGUGACAAGAGCAGAACCUCACAACCAGGCAAUUUUACACCCUGAACAAGACAGAGUGUUGACGAUUCGUGAAAAUGCAAGACUCCAAGGUUUUCCAGAUUUCUACAAGUUGUGUGGGCCGGUCAAAGAAAGGUACAUUCAAGUUGGGAAUGCAGUGGCAGUUCCAGUAGCUAGAGCUUUAGGAUACACACUAGGCCUUGCAUUUGAAGGGUCUACUUCUACAAGUGAUGAUCCAUUGUAUAAAUUACCUGAUAAAUUUCCCAUGAUUAGGGAUCGGGUUUCUUCUGUAUCUUCCGAAGAUGAUGUGUAAUUCAACAACUUUUAAUAAGUUGCGAUUUUGCAUCUGUGCAACUAUAAUUUAUGUAUGAUCGGAAACAUUGUUGUAUUAUCCAGUCUAUUGUUUGAGAAAUUGUUCAAUUUAUAUAUUGAAGCAGCAUUUUUAGAAGGCGCUUAA